GUAUUUUCCCACGGGACGCCUAAAUAGAAACUAGGGUUCCAGCCAUCUUCUGGGUUUUCGAUCGUCAAGAUCGGUCGAUCUGCCGGAGAUUUUUUCUGAUUUUUAGGGAAAAAAAAUAAUUUGCCACCGGUUAUUAGGUUCAUUCUGUGUUUUCUGGACAAAUCCUUGAUUCGAUCUCGAAGAUAAUGUCUCGGUGCUUUCCGUUCCCUCCGCCGGGGUAUACACUGAGCGGAGCCAGGAAUGAGGCUCUGAUCGAAUCGAUUAAGCUCCAAAAGGAAAAAGAGAAGGGGAGGAAAGAGAAGAAAGAGAGAAGGAAGGAGAAGAAGGAGAAGAGGAAGGAGAGGAAAGAGAGAAGGAAAGAGAAGAAACACAAGACAAAUCAGAAUGUGGGGGAGUCGGAUGUCCAGAAGCAUCAUGUUACAAAAGACGAGUCCGGUAUUCCGAAGCAUGAUCUUGGGCAAAAGAGUUUUUCUGAGGUACUUCAGAAGAAAAAAGAAACUGAAAACAAUCAGUUAGAACAAAGCAGUCUCACAGAGGAACAUGCACACCCUGUUACUUUGUAUGUUCCAAGCUCUUCUUCUGAAAGUACAGAGAACAGCAAAAAAAGGAAGAGGCACUCUCCACCUGAAGACGAUACUUGUAGUAAUGGCCAAGUUUUCUUGAUACGUUUGCCCUCAACGAAGCAGAAUGAGCUUGACGAUUUAGUCACGGAACAACAGCAGCCAUGCUCGACAUCUGUAAGGAUAGACUCUCCUUCCAAAACCGAUCACGAGAAAGAUUGGCCAGAAAACUUUCCAAACGGGACAAGAAGUAAUGACCGUGACCUCAAUGCCAAAAAUGGUGGUGAAAAUGUCUGUUUGACUUCCCUACAAAAGUGUGAUAAAAUUGGAGAUAAAGCUAAUAAGCCAGAAUCAGUUUUGAGUUCCAUGCAAAAGAUGGACAUGCAGUACCAAAAUCUGUUCAAGAACCUUUUUCCGCCACAGGUUGACGAAACAUGGCUUUGUUCGGACAGUUUGGAUUGGCUUCUCGAGGGCAAUAUUCAACGAGGUCAAGAAAUACGAGCUGAGAAGAAGCCGUGUUCUGAAAAUGUGAGCCUAUCCUGUUCAAGAAGCUCGGUAUCUUGGCCACGUGUGGAGUAUUUGCCUGAAGUGGAUGUUUAUGCUCUGCCUUUUACGGUGCCUUAUUGAGCUGUAUUCAUAUAUUUUGUAGAGAAUUUGGAAGCUGUUGGUCUUUUGGUGCUCUGCUGGAGGACUUUUAGGAUUUGUGUCUUUUUGGGGCAUUCUCAAAUUUUGAGGAGUGUUUGAAAUUUGUCUGCUGACUAACGUAGUUCAGUUAGAUUGUGUAUGUAGUAAUGCGACAAUAUCUGGUAGCCCAACUUAUUCUAGUUGAUGCCAUUUAUAUGUAUUAAUAGAUGAGUAUUUUCAUGGUCAUAUUUCUUGUAUGUGCCUCUCUUUAUAGUCCUGUAAGGUAUCAUUUUCUUGUGGUUUGGACUUUGGACCC